AUGCUACUGCCUCACCUUAUCACCUUGGCCAUCGGGGCUACCAUUGUCCAGGCCAGAUUCGAUCCAUCCCGCUUCCUAUGGUACACCUCACCAGCAAACAACUUCACCUCAACCCUCCCUCUUGGUAAUGGCCGACUCGGCGCAGCCGUCUGGGGAUCGGCCGUGGAAAAUGUGACAUUGAACGAGAAUUCGAUUUGGAGCGGGCAGUUCAUGGACCGGGUCAACCCAGACGCUUACAGUGCUUUACAUCCAGCUCGGGCUAUGCUCCAAGAUGGAAACAUCACCGCGGCUGGACAGCUGAUGUUGGCAAAAACGGUCGGGAGCCCUGACGAGCCACGCUCGUAUCAUCCGCUGGGUUCGUUAGUGCUAGACUUCGGGCACAGCGACUCGGAUAUGGCCAACUAUACCCGGUCUUUGGAUCUACUUAAGGGCCGGGCCUCUGUGACAUAUAAAUAUCAUGGCGUUGCGUACAGCCGGGAAUACGUGGCAAGUCAUCCUGCUGGAGUUAUUGCAGCGCGAUUGAGGGCUAGCGAGGCCGGACGAUUGGAUGUUACUGUAUCGCUAUCCCGCGGUCUGUACGUUGAGCAGAACGUCGCGAUUGUAGGAAAUGGGACUGGAUCGGUCAAGCUGCGUGCGUCGACGGCCGCAUUACACGGGAUUGGCUUUUCGGCAGAGGCUCGCAUUGCUCCUCACGGAGGGCGUAUUUCUCGCAACGGGGCGACGGUGGUAGUUCGCGGUGCGACGACCGUGGACAUCUUCAUCGAUGCGGAAACAUCCUAUCGUCACGACGACAAGGCAGCAUGGGAGGCCGAGAUCGAUCGGAAACUGGAUGCAGCAGUGCACUGCGCAUUUCCGGCGAUCGAAGAAGCUGCCAUUGCCGAUCACCAGGGCCUUGCUGGCCGAGUGCAUCUCGAUCUGGGCUCCUCUGGUUCUACAUGGUAUUUACCCACCGAUGUCCGACUCCAUAGAUACAAGACAAAUCCGGAUGCAGAUCCAGAACUACAAACACUCAUGUUCCAGUUCGGUCGAUACUCACUCAUCGCAUCGUCGCGGGAAAUAGGGACAUUUCCUCUUCCUCCUAAUCUUCAGGGAUUGUGGAACGAAGAUUAUGAGCCGGCAUGGGGAGGCCGAUACACGGUGAACAUCAACCUGCAGAUGAACUACUGGCCAGCGGGAGUCACGAACCUGGCCGACACCUUACCGCCGCUGAUCUCGCUGCUUGAAACAGUGAGACCACGAGGUCAAGAUAUCGCUCGGCGCAUGUACCACUGCGACGACGGUGGAUAUGUCCUGCACCACAACACCGAUCUCUGGGGAGAUGCAGUUCCAGUAAACAACGGGACUAAAUGGACGAUGUGGCCAAUGGGUGGCGCAUGGCUAGUUGAGAACCUAAUGGAGCAUUUUCGUUUCACGCAGGAUACGACUCUGCUCAAGGAGCGUAUCUGGCCCCUACUGCGAUCUACCGCUCAGUUCUACCAUUGCUACCUGUUCUCAUUCAACGGCUAUCUGAGCACAGGGCCAUCGAUCUCUCCAGAAAACGCGUUUGUCGUGCCCGAUAACAUGACCCAAACCGGCAAGGAAGAGGCCAUCGACAUCGCACCGACGAUGGAUAACUCCCUCCUGUCUAGUCUCUUCCUCUCCGUCAUCCAAACGUGUAAGAUCCUUGGUAUCAACAACACAGAUACCGCCCAGGCUGCAUCCUCUCUGGCGCGCAUCAAGCCUCCUCAGAUCGGAUCCUACGGACAGAUCCUCGAAUGGCGUAAGGAAUACGAGGAAAGCGAACCGGGCCAUCGGCAUAUGAGUCCCAUCUUCGGCCUCUACCCUGGAACGCAAAUGACGCCCGUCAUAAAUUCAACGUUAGCAGCUGGCGCCAAAAUUCUCCUUGACCACCGAAUUGCUCACGGCAGUGGUAGCACUGGCUGGUCGCGCGCGUGGACAAUCAACCUUUACGCCCGCUUAUUUGACGGCGACUCCGCGUGGAACCACACACGAGUGUUUCUGCAAAAAUAUCCGAGUGCGAACCUCUGGAAUACUGAUGCGGGACCCGGGACAGCCUUUCAAAUCGACGGUAACUUCGGAUUCACGGCGGGCGUUGCUGAGAUGUUGCUGCAGAGCCAUGCGGGAGUGGUGCAUCUCUUGCCCGCCUUGCCGUCCGCGGUACCGAAAGGAAAUGUCUCAGGAUUGGUCGCUCGAGGGAACUUUUUGGUGGAUAUAGAAUGGUCGAGUGGAAAGCUGACUUGGGCAAGAAUCGCCGCGAGAGCAGGAGGGAAGUUGACCAUUCGUGUGCAGGAUGAUGCGCAAUUUACAGUAAACGGGCGUCCUUAUACCGGGGCUAUCGCGAGUAAACAUGGCGAGGUGUAUGAGAUAUCAGCACACUAG